CACGUAAUAAGCACAACUCGGUGCAUACCCACAGCAUUCCAAUAUGUCUAAACGUAUGUCCGAUGCAAAAUGGUGCCUCGAGUUCCUACGUGCAGGCACAGCAGAAGACCAAGAAAAGCUCUUGUACGGACGUGGCGAUACGAUAAAAGAGAACCACACAGACACGAUCAGUCGUAUGUUCAGUCUAGAAGCCCAGAUCCUGUUUAACGACAAGAGUCGCACGAAUCGCAAACAACAGGUGUUCAAUUAAGCAUAAUAUUAAUAGUGAUUAUUACAUGUCCACGUAUAACUAUGUAUGCAUGAAUAUAAAC